AUGAGUGAUAGUUACGUGGCUAGAGACCGCGAUCGGGACUAUUACGAUCGAUCCCGAGACUCGAGAGACAGAUCACGGCUACAAGGCGGUCUGACUUACUUGGAGAAACGCAAGGUCGAUAGAGAACGCAUGUUCUAUUCAAUAUGGCCUUCGUCGCCCGAGCCGGAAUCAGAGACGGAUGACGAAUCGCCCCCCAGCAGUCCUUCCCACAAAUCGAAAAAAAAAACCAAGAGCGAAAGGAAACACAGGAAAUCUAGUCAUCGUCACAGAUCACACAGGAAACACCGACGAAAGGCUGAUUCCUCUUCCGGCGGAUCCGAAACGGAGGAUGAAAAGGAGAGGCGUAAGAAGAGAAGGGAAAGGGAGAGAGAUAAAGAUCAUGGUGGAGAAAACGGAUCACAGGUAACGGCAAAUGAUGUUAAAGAAAUAGACGAAGAAGAAUUGGAGGAUUUGGAAAAUUUCUGGGUUGAGAAGAAAGUUGACCUUCCUGAAGAUCUACAAGUCGGACCAGUACCGAUUCCCGCACAAGAAACGAAACUUGGCGAAAGAGCUUACGGAGGAGCCCUUCUCGCAGGUGAAGGUUCAGCUAUGGCUGCUUACGUCCAGGAAGGAAAACGUAUUCCACGUCGUGGUGAAAUUGGUUUGACUAGUAAUGAGAUAUCGUCGUUUGAGUCUGUUGGCUAUGUAAUGAGCGGGAGCAGGCAUCGACGAAUGAACGCUGUACGUAUACGUAAAGAAAACCAAGUUAUCUCGGCAGAAGAGAAGAGAGCGCUUAUGCUGUUCAACUCAUUGAUACCACCUAACGCUAACUCUAAGCACGUUCAAGUUCCAAGAAAGGGAAUAUUCGAUGCCCAAGAAGACCAAAUGGGAAGCAGCAAUGUGUGCAUGGUAAAUCUUGAGAAUGCGACUGCACGUCUUACACUCGAUAGUUCAAGACAAUGGGCCAAGCUGACGCCCGUCGAUAGAGGAUUUAACGGAAUACAAGAAAUUAAAAUCUUUAAAGACAUACAUAAAAUCGGAAGAGAUUCAAAAAACGAUACGGUACUAAGAGACAUAGGAAUAAGUCGCAAUCACUGUGUCAUAACCAAGGCGAUAAAACAAUUGGAACGAGAGUAUUACGAGACAACCAUCCAAAAAUGCGGUAGCAAACCAACACUUUGGGUGAAUGGUGCCCAGAUCGAAUACCCUCAUACCAUGGUAAUAUCAUCUGGCGAUAUCAUCACCUUCCCGUCACAGGAGCACGACGCUCACGUGGCAUAUAAGUUCGAAGUGUUGUUAGAUUUGGAUUCUGUAUUAACGAAUUUCAACAAUAAGUAUAGAACCCUGGGUACUAUUGGACAAGGUUCAUUCGCGCAUGUAACAUGCGUACAACAAUUGUCAACAGGUCGGUUAUACGCGUGUAAAAAGAUGCAGAGCAAUAGCGUUAUGAGAGUCGGAGAAAACUUGGUACAGGAGUCUAGUCCACUCGCGAUCGAGAAAGAAAUAAGGAUACUGAAAACCGCCAACCAUGCUAACAUUACGCGGUGCGAAGAAAUAUUUUAUUAUAAGAAUGAGAUUAGAAUCAUAAUGGAGUAUGCGAGUGAAGGAGAUCUAAGCGGCCGCCUUCAACAAGGACCCAUGAAUGAGACGGAGACCAGAACUGUCUUUACACAAUUAUUUCGGGGCAUCCACUACCUUCAUGAUAUGCGAGUCGUGCACAGAGACCUAAAACCACAGAAUAUACUCAUAUUUGAUAAGCAAUUGCUGGUCAAGAUAACAGAUUUUGGCAUAUCAGGCUUUAUCGUUAUAACGUCAACGCUCGAGACAAGAUGCGGGACUCGCCUUUAUGUUGCCCCGGAGGUCAUGGACGCAACGUCGCGAUAUAAUGAAAAGGCAGAUCUUUGGAGUCUUGGCGUAAUUUUGUAUCAAUGUCUAUCUGGCGAGUUGCCGUUCAAAGAUGAUGCGAAGGCGAUGCAAGGGAUGUAUGAUUUUGGCAAAGACAUCUGGGAGCAAACUAGUCUCAAUGCUAAAAACCUGAUAUGCAAGUUAUUACAACCUGAUCCAAGAAAGCGCAUAUCGGCAUCCCUGGCUUUGAAAGACCCUUUCAUUAUUUCUUCACCUUGGCACGCGUAUACCUUUUCCAAUUCCCCGCCUAUACGUACAGAAAGUCUGCCUGAAAAACCAGCAACAUUCAUGAGCCCACGAAAGACGUCUGGCAUUUCAAAGUUGUUAACUAGAACACUGUACGAAAGUGCGGUGGAGGCUGCUCCAACAUCUUCUUAUUUCACCGCAUAUGAGCAACGAGGAGCGGGGAAUCACAACGCUGGGAAGAUUAGAAUGAGAGAGGGUCAAGAAGCAGCGACGAUGAGGUCAUUCGUUAGUAAAUCGACAAUAUGCGAGGGGUCAUUCAUUACUGAAUCGACAAUAUCUGGAUCAUAUGUAGAAUCGCGACAAGAGAGUCAAACAGAGUUAGUUCUGGAGGAAGCAACACCUGGGUCAUAUGUAGAAUCGCGACAAGGACGUCAAAUGGAGCUAGUUCCAGAGGAGCGUCAAAUUGAGGUACGCAAGGAUGAAGCAGCACCUGGGUCAUUUGCAGAAUUGCGACAAGAGAGUCAAAUAGAGUUAGUUCUGGAGGAAACAACACCCGAGUCAUACGUAGAAUUGCGACAAGAGAGUCAAGCGGAGGUAGUUCGGGAGGAAGCAACACCUGAGUCAUAUUUAGAAUCGCGACAAGAGAGUCAAAUGGAGGUAGUUCGGGAGGAAGCAACACCAAUCGUCGUCGAUUCUGAGGAUGAAGCUGAAGCUGUGGAAGACGAAGAAAUAAUAAUAGCAGAAUCCAUAUCAGACGUACCAGAUAUAACGUCAACAGAGUUUGAUGAUGACCGACAAAGAGAAGUGACAGUGCAGCAGACUGCACAGGCUUCGAGAAGCUUCAUUACGAGAGCAAAUCUAAGAGAAUAUCGUAUGACACGUUCUCAGGGAGCAUCAAGUCAUAGAACAAGAUACAGCAGGAGAGGAGGAAGCAGCAGGAGAGGAGGAAGCAGUAGGAGAGAAGAAAGCAGCAGGAGAGUAGGAAGCAGUAGGAGAGAAGGAAGUAGUAGGAGAGAAGGAAGCAGCAAAAAUAAUCCAAUAGUAUUGGACUAA